CCUAUCGUUCCUUUCCUGACCGUCGGCGUUCCACCUAGAGCCAAAGCCGGGACAUUCAGUGUAUCAAGAAAGUCCUUAAAACAUCAUCAUGAGUGGAUUGCAGUGUCUCGCCCAGGAGAAGAUCUGGUUUGACAAAUCGAAGUAUGACGAGGCCGAGAGACGUUACUAUGAGGGACUAAACGGCAUCACCCACUCACCUCAGGAGAGAGAAGCUAGCGCCAUCCUGCAGGACAUUGCUAUAGCCCGGCAGAAUAUCCAGAAAUCCCUAGCCGGAAGCCAGAAUGCGUCCAGCGGCGCAGGAGACCAGAGCGAGCUCGUCUCUCGCAUAAAGAGCUUGGAACUAGACAACAAGAACCUGCACAAAGUGGUGAAUGACCUGAGGUCUAUGCUCUCUAAGCUGGAGUCCAGGAUGGCUGUUCUGGAGAAGACCCCAGUUAGCACUGCUGCCCCUGUUACCAAGGCUGCCCCAGUUCAGAAGGUCAAGGUGGAGGAGGAUGAGGAUGAUGACAUUGACCUGUUUGGCAGCGAUGAGGAUGAUGAAGAGGCAGAGCGCAUUAAGGCACAGAGGGUGAAGGAGUACACCGAGCGCAAAGCCAAAAAACCAGCACUCAUCGCCAAGUCCUCCAUCCUGUUAGACGUCAAGCCCUGGGACGAUGAGACGGACAUGGCGAAGAUGGAGGAGUGUGUGCGUUCGGUACAGAUGGACGGGUUGGUGUGGGGCGCCUCCAAACUGGUUCCCGUCGGUUACGGCAUAAAGAAGCUGCAGAUCCAGUGUGUGGUUGAAGACGACAAAGUGGGCACUGACAUGCUGGAAGAGGAGAUCACCCAGUUUGAAGAUUAUGUCCAGAGUGUCGACGUCGCUGCCUUUAACAAGAUCUGAACCUCUCCGCACAAUCACCACCUCAUGUUGAAUUCUGCUGCUGCUUUUGUAUCUCACGGUUACAAAUAAACAGUUAAGCUUUAAAGAAAA